AUGGGUUCAGAGGUGAAGGUUGAAAUUGUUCACAAAGAAACAAUUAGACCAUCAUCUCCAACUCCUCACCACCUUCGAUUUUUUAGCCUCUCCAUUUUUGAUCAGCUUUCUCCUGAACUAUAUUUCCCACUACUUUUGUUCUAUCCCAACAAUAGUGAUCAUCAUGAGGUCAAUAAUGUUGAUCACCAACAUUCUCUGGAUGGAGCUACAAAAGGAGACACAGGCUAUGAUGUUCUACUAGUCCAGAUCAACUUCUUUGAAUGUGGGGGAAUCACAAUCGGAUUCAAUGCUUCGCAUAAGAUCAUUGAUGCCCACACACUCAGCACAUUCAUUAAUAGUUGGGCUGCAAUUCCUCUUCGCUUUAGUACCAGCGAUAAUAUUGGAGUAGUGGUUCAUCAACAACAAUAUAUUGCUGCAGCUUCGCUUUUCCCACCACUGGAUUUCUUCAGCUCACCGCCACCUAUUGUGGAGUUUGCUAUAGAAAAGUGUACAACAAGGAGACUUUUGUUUGAAUCCUCGAAGAUUUCAUGUCUUAAGUCUGAAGCUGUCAGUGCUGCAGUGCAAAAUCCUUACCCGAGUUGA